CUAUUUGCCCGCUCUUUGGACCGCCCAUCCAAUGAUUUUUACAGCACACACCACUUUUUAUAAAUAUUAAAUAUUAUUUUAAAAAAUAAAAGAUUCGUACAUACAUUUUAAAAAAAAAAAUUUUUGCCAAAUUUUUAAUAAUUAAAUAAUAAUUUUGAAAUAAUAAAUAAAAAAUAAACAUUCAGAUAAGGCACUUUGCGUCGUCAGAUUUAACGGAGACCGCCGUCUCUUUCUCUCUCCUCGGGGAGGGAUUUUUUUUUGCGCGACGAUCUGAUCGGAGGUGUCGGGUUUGUAGGAGAGGAGGCCGGGAGGAGGUCUGGUAUGGUCUGGUCUGGUCUGGUUGUCUCUUGUCUAUUUUUAGCUUCUCUCUUCUGUUGUUGAACUGUUGAUCGAAGCACACCUCAAUUUCCCACCCUCUCCCUCUCCGACCGAGCGGGCGAGGGUUCGGAAUCUCGCCGGACACCGCCUUUCCUCGACGGCAAUUCCAUGGAUUCCGUCGCUGGAGCUAACUGAGGAGAGAGAGAGAGAGAGAGAGGAGGGAGAGAGGACGAGAGCGUUGCAAUUAUUGUACAGAAGAAGAAGAAGAAGGAAAAAACAGUGGGAGUAUAAUAAAUAAUUGGAAAAACUCGUGGUUAACGUGCAAUGCAGGGAAAAAGAGGAGAGAGAGAGAGAUAGGGAGGGCAUCGAAGCUUUGGGGGUUCUUGCACGGCACAGAUGCCUAGAUCCCUUCUUCAAUCCCCUUGCCUUAUGCCGUAAUCUAUUCGGUUUCUCUGCUAUUUCUUCCUUCUCAAGGUCUCAGCGAGCUCGGUGGUUUCGUUUCCAUUUCAUUCGGCCCGGUAAUUAAUUUUUAAGAGAGUCUGGACAUCGUCAUGCCAUCUAAAAUAAUGGACCAGCAGGGGUUGCCUUCAUCAUCAUACUUUUCGGAGGAAGUAUGUUUCCCCAGCGAGAGACAGGUUGGAUUUUGGAAGAGAGAGAUGAGUAUUGAUCAUUUUGCAGGCAGCAAGUCAGUCACUUCAUCCCCUCUGGAAAAAUUUAUACCGGUGGAAUCACAACCAGGGAAAUUUUUGGAACGUGUGAGACCUUUCCUACACCGUGACCAGAAAAUUAAUAUUAGCCCAGGGAUACAUGGUGUAGGAAAUGGGGGAGCAGCUGGCUAUUCUUCAACUUUAUGGGGAUCUUUGGAUCAAGAUAUAGGAGGAAGAUCUAAUUUGAAUGUGCAGUCAGCAUCUUGUUUUAUUGAAGGUGAAAAAAUUAAUAUGACUGGUGCUCGGUAUGAGAAUAGCCUCUUCUCUAGCUCAUUGUCAGAAUUGUUUACAAGAAAGUUGAAAUUAGCAUCAGACAAUGGUUCAUUAGGCCAUUCUGUUGAUACUGUUACCCAUUAUGAGGAAGAUGAACCUUUUGAAUCUCUAGAAGAAAUAGAGGCCCAAACCAUUGGAAAUCUACUCCCAGAUGAUGAUGACUUACUUUCUGGUGUGACUGAUGGGCUUGACUAUAUCAUCGAACCUGGUAGUGGAGAUGAUAUAGAAGAGUUAGACCUUUUUAGCAGUGUUGGAGGGAUGGAUUUAGGAGAUGACAGUUCCUAUACAGGGCAAAAAAAUGCUGAUGUUUCUGGAGGAAUGCCUAACGGUCAGGUUGGGGGAUCAAGUGGUUCAAUAGCUGGGGAACACCCUUUCGGUGAACACCCUUCACGAACUCUGUUUGUGAGAAAUAUAAAUAGCAAUGUUGAAGAUUCCGAGUUACGUGCCCUUUUUGAGCAAUAUGGAGACAUUCGAACUCUUUAUACAGCCUGCAAACAUCGUGGUUUUGUUAUGAUCUCCUAUUAUGACUUAAGAGCAGCCCGAAAUGCCAUGAGAGCACUCCAAAACAAACCAUUGAGGCGUAGGAAGCUUGACAUACAUUUCUCGAUUCCGAAGGAUAACCCCUCGGAGAAAGAUAUUAAUCAGGGCACUCUUGUUGUGUUCAACUUAGAUUCUUCUAUUUCUAAUGAUGAGCUUCAUCAGAUUUUUGGUGUCUAUGGAGAAAUUAAGGAGAUCCGUGAAACUCCACACCGGAGUCAUCACAAGUUUAUUGAAUAUUACGAUGUUAGAGCUGCAGAAGCUGCUCUUCGUGCAUUGAACAGGAGUGAUAUUGCAGGGAAGCGGAUUAAGCUUGAACAUAGUCGCCCAGGGGUUGCAAGACGUUUGAUGCAACAAUUUCCUACAGAGCUUGACCCCGAUGAGUCUGGUCCAUAUUUGCAACAAAGUAGCUCGCCUAUUAACUCUACGACAGGAUUUGCUGGCCCAGUUUCACGUAGUGCACUUGCAUCUAGUGGCAUGGAUAAUGAGACUUCCCUGGGUCUCCAGACUGCCUUCCAUCAUGGGAUCUCUUCUAGCGGCAUGGAAAAUGCCUUCCAUCAUGGGAUCUCUUCCAGUGUUCCUAACAGCUUACCCUCUCUGGUGGGAAUUGAUUCGGUUGGAAAUCAGUCUGGCCAGUCUCACGGGCACUUGAAAUUUGAUUUCCAAGGCAAUCCAGCCUUUCAUCCUCAUUCAGUUACAGAGUGUAAUGAUGGUUUACCUAAUGGAGUUCCCUGCAAACCUCCGUGCACAAUGGCUUCUAAUAUCAGUUCCACACCGUCAGAAAGAAUUGGGAAUGGACAGUUGUGCAGAGUGGGCUCAAAUGGGCACUCUAUUGAACUCAAUGAAGGCGUUUUUGGUUCUUCUGGCAAUGGGAGUUGUCCACUUCCCAGGCAUCAGUACAUGUGGAAUAGUUUACAUCAUCCUCGCCCACCAGGCAUGAUGUGGCCAAACUCACCAUCAUUUGUUAACGGGGUUUGUGCUGCUCUUCCUCAACCACAAAUGCAUGGAGUUCCCAGUGCACCAUCACAUAUGCUGAGCACAGUUGCACCUAUAAAUAAUCACCAUGUAGGAUCAGCACCAGCUGUUAAUCACUCUCUGUGGGACAGGCAACAUGCUUAUGCAGGGGAAUCUCCAGAGACCUCUGGUUUUCUCCCAGGUUCUCUUGGGAGUAUGAGAAUUCCCAACAGCUCACUGCAUCCUUUGGAUUUUGUUCCUCAUAACAUACUUAUGCGCGUUGGUGGGAACUGCAUGGAUGUACAAAUUCCCCCUAAAAAUGUUGGACAGCACUCUCAUCAUCAGAGGGGCCUGAUGUUUCCUGGAAGAAACCAGAUGAUUCCCAUGAUGAGUUCAUUUGAUCCUCCCAAUGAACGGGGUCGGAGCCGUAGAAAUGAAAGCAGUUCUAAUCAAGCUGACAGCAAGAAACAGUAUGAGCUUGAUAUUGACCGCAUAGUGCGUGGGGAAGACAACCGGACUACACUUAUGAUAAAGAACAUUCCUAAUAAAUAUACUUCAAAGAUGCUUUUGGCCACAAUUGAUGAACGCCAUCGAGGAACUUAUGAUUUCAUUUAUUUACCAAUUGAUUUCAAGAAUAAGUGCAAUGUGGGAUACGCAUUCAUCAACAUGACAGAUCCUAGCCAGAUUAUUCCUUUCUAUCAGGCAUUCAACGGAAAGAAAUGGGAGAAGUUCAAUAGUGAAAAGGUGGCAUCUCUUGCAUAUGCUCGCAUACAGGGAAAAUCUGCUCUCAUUGCUCAUUUCCAGAAUUCAAGCUUGAUGAAUGAGGAUAAGCGUUGUCGUCCUAUUCUCUUCCAUACUGAUGGGCCCAAUGCAGGUGAUCAGGUGCCCUUCCCAAUGGGGGUUAAUGUUCGAUCUAGACCAGGUAAAAGUCGUAGCAGCACCACUGAGGAGAACCAUCAAGAAAGCCCUCCAAUUUUGGAAAACAAGGAGGAACCUUCUAAUGGAGACUCAUCUUCUGGUUCCAUAAAGGAGUUGGACUGAAUAAGCUAGCUAUUCCCUUCAAUUUUGUGGACACUAACCUUAUAGUACUGGAGGGGAGUAACAAGAAUCAAUUCCAUCCAAAUUCUAGUAUCAUGUAUUGUGGGUGGCUGACCAAAAGAAAAUUUUUGAUGCUUUGGAGAAGCCUCUCAAAAACAAGAUAUUCCAGUUUCCUUGGGGUUUUGGGCUUCCAAGUUUUGGAUGAUCUUGAGUGUUAUUUAAAAGAAAAUUUCUUAAAUGUGUAUAGGGGUUUGUGAGCAAUGAAGAUAUGGUUCACUGCAGUUUGAGGAGGCUUCCCUGCAAUAUCUUUUUUUUUUUUUGUUUCCCCUUUAAUUUUUUUGUAUUUUCCUUUCUUAUUUUUUUUGGUUUUUGUUGGUGAUUUGAAGCUGGUGUGUAGUUGCUGAGAUGAAGAUAAAUGGCUGGAAUUUUUUGAAGUGGUCAUCUGAAGGUUUGUUGUACACUUAAUGUACUCUUCUUUGUACUUGUACCUGUCUUUCCGGAGAGAUUUUUGGGCCUUUCUUUCUAGAUGUUGAUAUUCUUAAUCUGGAAAAGUGUUGACGUAAUUGUAUGUGCUAAUUUUGUAAUGCAAAACAAAAAAGUUGAUUCAGAA